AUGCGGCCCUUUUUCACAGCCAGUAGCAGCAAGAACCGGCCCUGGUAUGCCAGGUACGCAAGCCGACUACCGCGAAACAAUAAGAGCAUCCUGAUAUGCCUUUUCGUCCUCACAACCGCCAUCGCAUCCCUGCACUUUUUGCUCAUACCCGUCCUUUUGAGACUGCACAUGCAAUUCGGCCUCAGUCUCUUCGACUACGGCUUUCACGGUUUAUAUCCCACGCGGCACUACAAUAGCUUCGAGCUCGACUCUCCGGACGUCGAAGUCGUGGUGUGGGACGACCGAUGUAGCGAUGGUUACGUCUUCAUAGCGCCUCACGGUCCACCAAUCGACGGCUCGCGACCCUUAAUUCUCGAUGCACGCGGAAAUCUAGUAUGGACGUUUCCGACAGAUAAGCCGUCGACAGAUUUCAAAGUGCAGGAGUACCGGGGCGAGAAGUUUUUGACUUUUUGGCAUGGGACGAGUCUGAAUGGGCAUGGAUUGGGGUCGUAUACGAUGCUGGAUUCGUCGUAUGUACACCGCUAUGAAGUCACGGCUGUCGGCGAUUUUGAGGGUGAUAUACAUGAUUUCCGUAUUACGAAGAACGGCACUGCGCUUAUCGUGAUAUACGACGUCAAGCCAGGCAAUCUGGCUGAAUUCGGCGGUCCGCAGAAUGGGUUUAUUUACGAUGGAGUCUUUCAGGAGGUUGAUAUUGCCUCGAAUAAUCUCCUGUUUGAGUGGCAUUUUUCGCAUCAUGUCCCAUUUGGCGACACAUACACGGAUACUGUGAAAGGUAUGGGCAAAGAUAGCACAUCGCCGUGGGAUCCGUACCACAUCAACAGCGUCGACAAGGAUGUGCAGGGGAACUAUCUCGUUUCCGCGCGGCAUAUACAUUCGCUCUACAGUAUCGAUGCAACAACGGGUGAUAUUCUAUGGACAUUAGGCGGGAAACAGAACGAAUUCACCGACGCAUCUGACGGCCACGCUACAGAUUUCGCCUGGCAGCAUGACGCACGCUGGUACGACGAACGUACCAUCACGCUAUACGACAAUGCCGCGAAAGAUUUCCUCGGUCCCAUAACUGCAAGCCGGGGAAUGAUAAUCGACAUUGACGUGCCGAAUCGCAUCGCAACUCUGCAGCAUACCUACUCCCAUCCCGAGGGAAUCCGCGCGCAUUCGCAGGGCAACAUGCAAAUCCUACCAGACUCUGGGCAUGCAUUCAUCGGCUGGGGUCACUGCGCUGCAUACACGGAGUUUGCGCCUGACGGAGAAGUGCUAUGUGACACGCACUUGUCGCCAUCGAACUGGUUCCAAUUGGGUCUCGUGUAUACAUAUCGAACCUAUAAGAAUGACUGGGUCGGUAAACCGGCUACUAUGCCGUCGGCAGUCAUUGUUGGGAACUCGGUGUUCGUGAGCUGGAAUGGUGCCACGGAGAUCAAAGCCUGGCAGCUGGAGCUGUGGGAUGGGGUGAAUAUGCAGCAUAUGAAUUUUGUCCCGGCAGGCAAGACUGACAAAGUCGGUUUCGAGACCAAGUUUGAUCUGCCGGGUGAUAUUCCGAAUACGUAUUUCCGUCUUGUUGCGCUUGAUAAGAAGGAUGAUGUGCUUGGGAGAAGUGCACUGCUUAGCAAGCAUCACAAGCAGAGUCUGGCGGAGAUGUUGGGAAAGGAUAUCUGGGAUCAGAUGUCAUAUCCUGUUAUUGUUACAAUCUUUUUGAUCAUUUGCUGUGCCGUGUUGGCUGUUCGGUGGAUCUGGAAGAAAUCGAGCCUUAUGUUUGGCCGGUUGAAUACUAACUGGCUGCGGCCCAGGGUCAGGCGUACUCUGCUCAAGGAGGAUAUUGAGAUCCCACUUAUGACGAAUGAACAUGAAGAUUGA